CCCGCCUCGGGGCGCUCCCGGAGCCCCGCCGGCCCGGUCCCUGCCCCGUCCCGGUUCCCCGCGCCCCCGGGCUGCUAGACACGGCGCGGGUCCCUCCCCAGGCACCGAGCGCCAGGAGAGACCCCGCGGGCUGGAGCAGCCGGUCCUCCAGGCACUGAGGAGACACACGGGGUGGUCGCGCUGUCCCGGGCACGUUCCGGCCCAUGCCAAUGGCAACCGCGAGCGGGGCGGGCGGGAAUGGCCCCGCUCAGUGAGGAGGCGCGGCGGGACCCUGGCUCUGCGGCGGCGGCAGCCGCGGCCCCUGAGCGAGGGACAGCCCGGGCUGCGCCGACCCGUCCCGGGCAGGCCCUGCCGGCACGCCGCGGCCAAGCUCUGCCCCGCGCCGUGACGUCAGUGCCUCCGCCGCGUGACGUCAGUGCCCUGUGACGUCACUGAACGUCCCCGCCGGGUCCCCGCUGCCCGAGCGUUCCGGCCGGGCCGGUGUUUCCGGGGAAGGACUCGCUGGCGCUUCCGGCGCGGGCGGAGGAAGUGACGGCGGGUUUGUUGACAGCGGAGGCUGCGGCGGGGGGAGCGGGCCCGAGCAGGACGCGGACCCCGGCCCGCCCCGGGCAGCCGGGACCAGCCGGGACCAGCCCCCCAUGGCGCCAGCUAUCGUGAUGGCCCCAUAAAUUCAUCCCAGGACUUCAUCUGAGGGAAGGACCUCCUGCAUCAAACGCUUCCUUCUGCUCUUCCCCUUCCCAUCCUUUCCCUCAAGAUGGCAUCUGACAGUCCUGAGUCGCUGAUGACCUUGUGCACUGAUUACUGCCUUCGCAACCUGGAGGGGACUCUCUGCUACCUCCUGGACAACGAAACGCUGCGGCUCCAUCCCGACAUCUUCCUGCCAAGCGAGAUCUGUGACAAGCUUGUCAACGAGUACGUGGAGCUGGUGAAGACAGACAGCAUCUUUGAACCCCAUGAAAGCUUCUUCACCCUCUUCUCAGACCCACGGAGCACCAGGCUAGCUCGGAUCCACCUGCGGGAACACAUUGUGCAGGACCAGGACCUGGAGGCCAUCAGGAAGCAGGAUCUUAUUGAGCUCUACCUGACUAACUGUGAGAAGCUGACAGCCAAGAGCCUGCAAACCUUGGUGAGCUUCAGCCACACACUGAUCUCCCUGAGCCUCUUUGGCUGCAGCAAUAUCUUCUACGAGGAGGAGAACCCCGGGGGCUGUGAGGACGACUGCCUGGUGAACCCCACUCGCCAGGUCUUGGUCAAGGACUUCACUUUUGAAGGCUUCAGCCGCCUGCGCAUCCUGAACCUGGGCCGCCUGAUCGAGGGCGUGAACGUGGAGACUCUGCUGCGGCCCCUGGCCUCCCUUGCGGCUCUCGACCUUUCUGGGAUCCAGCUGAACGAUGUGGGAUUCCUGACCCAGUGGAAGGACAGUCUGGUUUCCUUAGUGCUUUACAACAUGGACCUUUCAGAGGAGCACAUCCAAGUGAUUGCGCAGCUGCGCAAGCUCAGGCACCUGGAUAUCUCCCGAGACCAUCUGUCCAGUUACUACAAGUUCAAGCUGACCCGGCGGGUUCUAAACUUGUUUGUGGAAAACCUGGUGAACCUCACUUCGCUCGACAUCUCAGGGCACACCAUGCUGGAGAACUGCACUAUCCCCAGCAUGGAGGAGAAGAUGGGCCAGACCAGCAUUGAGCCAGCAAAGAGCAGCAUUGCUCCCUUCCGGGGUCUGAAACGACCGCUGCAGUUCUUGGGCCUUUUUGAAACAUCCCUCUGCCGCCUGACCCAUAUUCCAGCCUACAAGGUGAGUGGAGACAAGAACGAAGAGCAAGUCCUGAAUGCCAUUGAGGCUUACACCGAGCACCGGCCGGAGAUCACUUCCCGGGCCAUCAACCUGCUCUUCGACAUUGCCCGCAUCGAGCGCUGCAGCCAGCUGCUGAGAGCCCUCCAGCUGGUGAUCACAGCGCUCAAGUGCCACAAGGAUGACAAAAACAUCCAGGUGACAGGCAGCGCCGCGCUGUUCUACUUGACCAACUCCGAGUACCGCAUGGAGCAGAGCGUGAAGCUGCGGCGCCAGGUCAUCCAGGUGGUGCUCAACGGCAUGGAGUCCUACCAGGAGGUCACAGUCCAGCGGAACUGCUGCCUGACCCUGUGUAACUUCAGCAUUCCCGAGGAGCUGGAGUUCCAGUACCGCCGAGUGAACGAGCUGCUGCUGAACAUCCUCAACCAGAGCCGGCAGGACGAGUCCAUCCAGCGCAUCGCUGUGCACCUCUGCAACGCCCUGGUCUGCCAGGUGGACAACGACCACAAAGAAGCUGUGGGCAAGAUGGGGUUUGUCAUGACAAUGCUAAAGUUGAUUCAGAAGAAGUUGGCUGAUAAAACGUGUGAUCAGGUGAUGGAGUUCUCCUGGAGUGCCCUCUGGAACAUCACUGAUGAGACCCCAGAUAACUGUGAGAUGUUCCUUAACUACAGUGGCAUGAAACUGUUCUUGGAGUGCUUGAAAGAGUUCCCAGAGAAACAGGAGCUGCACCGCAACAUGCUGGGGCUGCUGGGCAACGUGGCAGAAGUGAAGGAGCUCCGCCCGCAGCUCAUGACCUCCCAGUUCAUCAGUGUGUUCAGCAACCUGCUGGAGAGCAAAGCUGAUGGGAUUGAGGUGUCGUAUAAUGCCUGUGGAGUGCUCUCCCAUAUCAUGUUUGAUGGUUUAGAGGCCUGGGGGAUCUGUGAGCCUCAUAGAGAAGAAGUUGUGAAGAGGAUGUGGGCAGCCAUCCAGAGCUGGGAUAUCAACUCCAGGAGAAAUAUCAACUACAGGUCAUUUGAACCAAUCCUUCGACUUCUUCCACAAGGGAUCUCCCCAGUCAGCCAGCACUGGGCCACCUGGGCACUCUAUAACCUGGUCUCUGUCUACCCUGACAAGUACUGCCCACUGCUGAUCAAAGAAGGAGGGAUUCCUCUCCUGAAGGACAUGAUUAAAAUGGCCUCAGCACGACAAGAGACCAAGGAAAUGGCCCGGAAAGUUAUAGAGCACUGCAGUAACUUUAAGGAGGAGAACAUGGACACUUCCAGAUAGAGGCAGUCACCCAAUGCCUCUUGCCAGCACUGUAUCCAGCUUCUCUCUAACUCACUGUACAUAGGGAGGACUCUUUCUUACCAACUCGCCCGUUGGAAGGAAACUUUAUGUGUGUGUGUGAGACCCUCAGUAGAUGAAGGUGAAUAGGGGAGGGGGGAGGGACUUUUUGCACAACAAAAUGCUUUCCUUAACUUAGUGGACUUUUUUUGUUAUGAAGUUUCAGGUUGAAGUUCUGUGUGUAUGAUUUCUGUAUAAAAAGAAAACAAAAAACAAAGACAAUUACAUUAUGUAUCUUUUAACCUUUUAUUUUAGACCACACAGAGAGCCUCAAAUGACCAUGAGCUUGAAGACCUAGUUGUGUGAUCACUAGUGUGAUGGUUAUUUCCCACUUUUUAGAAAAUUCCCUUUUGCUGUACUGCAUGAGGUCCUGUGAUGUCUGCAAGAACACCAGUCCUGAAUCAGCAUUGGCUGCUCAGUGGGGGGACAGGCAGUGAUGAGUUAUUUAUUUGGUUAGAGAGGUUGGGGGACACAAUACCAGAAAGACAGACCAAAAGAACUGAUGUUUUAGUGAGACUUAGGAAUGGAGAAACUAGAGAAGACCUUUCAAGCUAAUUCACUCCCUUAAGGGCUUUUAAUAGAAGAUUCACAUUAAUGGAAGCAUUGCUAAUUCC